UUGCUGGGAAACGAAGCUGGUGCUUCCCUGGACAAUCAUUUGAAGCUGGCUAAGAAGUUUCUAUCAAGUGGGCACUUAGCAGAUGCUCUCGCCCAGUACCACGCUGCAUUGGGUACGUACUGUGUUCGUCAUUGCGGUUGCAUGUACUGUCGUCAGUUUUCAGAUCUGGAUUCGAACAGUUACUUGUCACUGUUUGGUCGAGCAACCGUCUAUCAGGCUAUGGGUAAGCCGAAUGCAGCAUUGUCUGAUUUGGACAAGGUUGUGAAAUUAAAGCCCGAUUUUUCGGCGAUUUCGAAGGGCGUACAAGCGGAAGUGGCCGCCAACAAACUAGCUUUAUUGCACUCCGUACGCCAGAAUGUUGUCGACGCUGACUCCUUCUUGAACAAAGGUGAUUAUGAAUCCGCCGAAAAGAUGUACUCCAAGAUUCUUGAAGUUUGCAUAUGGAAUGCAGAAGCCCGUAUGAAGCGCGCCCAGUGUUACGAAAACAUGGGCGAUUUAUCAAGGGCUGUUGCAGACAUCAGAUCAUCGGUGAAAUUCUUGGGUGAUAGCGGAAAUAUCUAUCUUAAGCUAUCCGACUUAUAUUAUUUAAUGGGUGAUGUGCAGGAAGCUCGGAACCAAAUUCAUGAGUUUCUGAAGCUGGACCCGGAUAAUAAGGCCAGUCAUACGCGGUACAAAAAGUUGAAGGAAGUUCUCAAACUUGUAAAGGAGAUUGAGGGUGACAUUGACGGUCAAAGGUGGCAAAACUGUGUGAAUGCGGCCAAGAAAUUGUUGCAGGUUGAAACGUCCGUUCUGGCAGUGAUCAUGAUUGGCAAAACGCAGCUGUGCAAAUGUAGCAGUCAGGCUGAAAUGACGGCAGAUGCCAUCAAAAUAUGUACUGAAACUCUGGACGUAAAUCCUCGCCUGUUGAAUACUCUUUGUGACAGGGCCGAAGCGUACAUUCAAAAUGGUCAAUACGACAAAGCCAUAAAAGAUUACAAGGAUGCCCUUAAUAUCGACAGGAUUAACGAAAGGGCACGCAGUGGAUUGGAUAAGGCAGAAAGGCUUUUAAAGCAGUCCAAGCGAAAGGAUUACUAUGCAAUUUUGGGCGUAAAGCCUACUGCGAAGAGAAAUGAAAUUUUGAAGGCAUACCGUAAGCUUGCUCAAAAAUGGCAUCCGGACAAUUUUCGUAAUGGGGCAAAGAAGGAAGCCGAAGCGAAAUUCCUUGAUAUAGCUGCCGCGAAAGAAGUUUUAACCGAUCCAAAUAAGCGUCAGCAGUUUGAUUCGGGCAUCGACCCAUUGGAUCCGGAAAUGCAGCAGCAACAACAUGGCGGGCAUCCAUUUUAUGGAUUUCAGGGUUUCAAUCCUUUUGGCCAUGAUGGGCCUUUUACAUUUAAAUUUCAUUUUACAUGAUU